AUGAAUUUAUCUUUUCUACCCUUCAGCUCGAACAGCUUUGCUAUCCUUGCAACCACGCCAACGGUGAAAGUUGGUCAAGAGCAGGGCAGCUACAAAUCGAUAAAGAUUGUUCCUGGCAAGAACGAUAUUCUGCUUGGUAGAGUCCCUCAAACCCAUCGUCUCGCAUUGUCUACAGGGGGCAAGAACAACCAGCACUCGGGGAAUGUUCAGCUUCGAAAUUUGGCUCGAUCUUUCUGUUCCGUCUACCACGGCGCCAAAAAAAAAGAAAAGCCGGCCAUUGCUCAAAGUUUGGUUGGCUGUGUCCGCAACUUGAGCCCGCCUGGCCGUUUCCUAAAGCAUACUGUAGAAGGAUGGGAGGAGGCCACAGAGUCCGUUGCUCAAGAAAAGGCCAGUCAAAGCCUUCGGGACACCGUGGCAUCAGUCCUUAAGGAAGCAGCAAUUCAGGAUGGCACAGAGCUACCAACCGAGAUCUUCACCCAAGCCUGCCUCAAAGGCCCAUGUCCCGUUUCAAGCCGUCGGCAUGCAACUGCAAAAACACCCAUAUCAAUGCACCUUCAACAAUCUAAUGAGCAGCUGACCCAGAACGACUCCGCUUCAUUGUUUACAACUGCAUUUUCGAGCCAUACUUCCAUAUCCGAUAGUCCAGCGGUUCACUAUGGCAACCGACUACUUCCGCCCAUUGACGUCACCUUGUCCGCUUUCUCCCUAGAAAGUUCCGUGGGCAAGCAAAGAAAAAUUUCUUUUCCAGGCAGAAAUCCCAACACUGUGAACCAACACUCGCAGACAAAACGAGCGCGAUAUACAGCAGCAGAGACGGGGAAUUAUACUUUUGAAUGGGGCCUAAUCCCUAAGCUCCAGAGCAUGUCUUCGGAUGGGUUUUAUAUGUCAUGCCACGGAUUGCCUAAAUUACUAUCCGGAAUUGGAACUGGGAACGGCGGCAUCAGUCUCAAUGAUGUAGCGCAAUACGCUCAUCUUGCCACUCAACGGGAGAAAAACAGCAAUAUGAGUGAGUUCAGCGUAAGCGACAAUUUUGAAGAGGGCAAACCCAUUGGUGCUGAUGCGCUUGACGCUAUUGUUUGGGAUGAAGACGACAUUGAUCUUGACAGCUCCUCUUCUUUUCCAAUAGCUCCGAGUCAACAUCAGGAGGGGGCCUCUUGGGAUGAUGAGGACGCAUUUCGUCGCAACAUCUUGAGUCUUCUACAAGAAAUUUAA